UUACUGGGCAAGACUACACCAGACAGGGCAGAGUCGGUGCGUAAUGAUCACGGCGGCACAGUAAAAAGACCCUUGCUGAACAACAAACAGAGGCUGAGCCAGAACGGCCUGCCAAUCAGGAGACCUACUGGAGUGGGAGCCACGCCGCCUGUCAAGAAGAAACCCAAGAUAAUGGGGAAAGACCAUGGCAUGACUGAAGUGAGCAAACAUAGCACCAGCACUGAAACAAUGUUCUUUGAGAAGGUGAAGAAAGCUCUUCGGAGCUCUGAGGCGUACGACAACUUCCUGCGGUGUCUUCAGAUUUUCAACCAGGAAGUAAUCUCUCGUGCAGAGCUGGUGCAGUUAGUCAUCCCAUUUCUUGGAAAAUUCCCAGAGCUUUUUACAUGGUUUAAAAACUUCCUGGGCUACCGAGAGUCAAGUCACGGGGAGUCAAGCCACGCCGAGAGUUUACCCAAGGAACGUGCAACAGAGGGCAUCGCCAUGGAGAUUGACUAUGCUUCCUGCAAGAGGCUGGGGUCCAGCUAUAGAGCACUGCCGAAGAGCUACCAGCAGCCCAAGUGCACAGGAAGGACGCCGCUGUGCAGAGAGGUUCUGAAUGACACAUGGGUCUCAUUUCCAUCAUGGUCAGAAGAUUCUACAUUUGUGAGCUCCAAGAAGACUCAAUAUGAGGAGCACAUUUACAGAUGUGAGGAUGAGCGCUUUGAGCUGGAUGUUGUGUUGGAAGCCAACCUUGCCACGAUACGAGCCCUGGAGUCGGUGCAGCGGAGGCUUUCUCGUAUGUCUGCUGAGGAGCAGCUGCGCUUCAAGCUGGACAACACAAUGGGUGGCUCCUCAGAGGUCAUUCACCGCAAAGCUAUCCAGAGGAUAUAUGGGGACAAGGCCCACGACAUCAUCGACGGGCUCAAGAGGAACCCAGCUGUGUCUGUCCCCAUAGUGCUGAAAAGAUUAAAAAUAAAGGAGGAGGAGUGGAGAGAAGCCCAGAGAGGCUUCAACAAAAUCUGGCGGGAGCAGAAUGAAAAGUAUUACCUGAAGUCACUCGACCAUCAAGGCAUCAACUUCAAGCAGAAUGACACCAAAGUGCUGCGCUCAAAGACCUUGCUCAAUGAAAUUGAGAUGCUAUAUGAUGACCGCCAGGAGCGAGCAUCAGAGGAAACUGCCACGCCGCCACCGAGCGGCCCACACAUGACCCUGACCUAUGACGACAGCCAAAUCCUGGAGGAUGCUGCUGCCCUCAUCAUCCACCACGUCAAAAGACAGGUGGGAAUCCAGAAAGAAGACAAGUACAAGAUCAAACAGAUCAUUCACCACUUCAUCCCUGACCUGCUGUUUGCACGGCGAGGUGAGCUCUCUGAUGUGGAGGAGGAGGAGGAAGAAGAAGACGACGAAGACAUGGAGAUGGAUCAAGACGGCCCCAAGAAGCACAAUGGCCUGCCAGGCAGCAGUCCAUCAAAGUCCAAGCUCCUCUUCAGCAACACGGCCGCUCAGAAGCUGCGGGGCACAGAUGAUGCCUAUAACCUGUACUUCGUGAACAACUAUUGGUAUAUCUUCCUUCGUCUACAUCACAUCCUCUGUUCUCGUUUGCUGAAAAUCUACGGGCAAGCUGAAAAGCAGAUUGAGGAGGAUUCCCGUGAGAGAGAGUGGGAAAGAGAAGUGUUGGGCCUCAAGAGGGAGAAAAAUGAAAAUCCAGCAAUCCAACUGAAGAUGAAGGAGCCAAUGGAUGUUGAUGUAGAGGACUAUUACUCAGUGUUUCUGGAAAUGGUGCGUAAUCUUUUGGAUGGAAACAUGGAGCCGGCUCAAUACGAGGACUCCCUGAGGGAAAUGUUUACGAUCCAUGCCUACAUUGCCUUCACCAUGGACAAACUCAUCCAGAGCAUUGUCCGGCAGCUCCAGCACCUUGUCACUGACGAUGUAUGUGCACGAGUAACGGACAUGUACCUGAGCGAAUGUGCCAAUAAAGCCACAGGGGGCACACUGUCCACGCAGACGUCCAGGGCUACAGCAGAGGGGGCCUACCAGCGCAAAGCAGAGCAGCUUAUGUCAGAUGAGAACUGCUUCAAGUUGAUGUUUACAAAGAGCAGAGGAUCUGUCAGUCUGGCUAUGGAGCUGCUGGACACGGAGGAGGACAACUCUGAUGAGCCAGCGGAGGCAGAGAGGUGGUCAGACUACGUGGGCAGAUACCUGAACUCAGAUUCUGCAUCCCCCGAGCUGCGUGAGCAUCUUGCCCAGAAGCCGGUGUUCCUCCCCAGGAAUUUGAGACGGAUAAGGAAGUGCCAGAGGGGAUGGGAGCAACUGCAACAGGAGAGGAUGACCAAGGUCCCUUUGGACAAGUCGCACGACGGCAACAGUGAGCUUAAGAUGGAGUGCAUGUUCAAACUCAACUCCUACAAGAUGGUCUAUGUCUGCAAGUCAGAAGAUUAUAUGUACAGGCACACGGCGCUCACACGGGCUCAUCAGUCCCACCAGCGAGUCAACACACGCCUGCACAGACGCUUCCACGCCUGGCUGGACACCUGGGCCAAGGAGCAUGUGACGAGCGACAUGGCUGCCGUCAGCCGCAAGUGGUUGAUGGGAGAUGCACGAGAAGGCCUGUUGUCCUGCACCACCACCUGCAGCCCUGAGGUUCUCCAUUAUCUCAACAUUAACAAGUACCGGGUGAAAUACAGGACACUGUAAUCUCUCUUAUAGAAAGAUAAACUGUGAACGUCCUCACACAUCAAACUGCCAGUGAUGACUUCAUAUAUACAUAAAAAUAUAUAUACAGUAGCUCCAUGUGGAUUCUUCCAACCUGCUGUUACUGGUUUCAGUUGCCAAAAUCGUUGGGGGUUGUAAAAUCCACAAUUUAAAUGAGAUGUACAUUUUCCACAGAUGUGUUGGAACUGAUUCAGGAACUUUGUCCUAACUUUCGAGGUUUUACUGCAAAUUCUGCAACAAAUGUAAAAUUGAGGUUUUGUCACUAUAUUGGAAAAAACCAACCUGUGUCAGGAAUCCCAUUAUUAGAAUAAAUGCAGAUUUUUAUAUGAGAUUAAUAUACAAAGAAAACACUCCUCACUAAAUCUUUUUUUCAAUUCACAGUUAAUAAAAUAACCUGGUUAAUCAGUUCAUAACUAAAACUCAGCCUCUUAACAGUGAAAUAAGUGUUUUCUUUGAGGACCACCUCAUCUUUUUACAGGAAAUAAAAACAAACCUCAGUUUUAGUAAGAACAACCACCUGUUCUGCUAAAAUGUCUUUUAUCUGACUUCCAGCUGUAAACUGUAUAGCCUGUGAAUGUUUUCCUCUUGGUGAUAAAGGUGCAAUAAGGCACUAUAUAUGUGUGUGUGUGUUUUUAUAUAUAUAUAUAUAUAUAUAGUAUCUUCAGCAUCUCUGGCGACAGCUGGGUAGAUGCUCGGCAUCAGUACAAUGCCAGCUGUGUGUAUCGAGUAAUAAUUUAUGACCGCCCAAACACAUGUAAAUAUGUUGUUUAUAUCUAGAAUUUUUUUUUAUCUGAUGUCAUUGAUGUGUAGCCUACAUUAACACACUCAUAGCAUCAAUCUUUUGGUAGAGACUGCAGAGAAGUUUAUUAAACAAUGCUAAGUUUUAACUGUUUUUUACCAAAGGAUGUUAGUUAGAGAUCUUUCUUUUGUGGUCUGUUGAAUGUGUUGUCCCUAAAGUCUUUGUUUAGUAGAAAAACUACCCUUUUAUGUGUUUCUGCGCAUUUCUACCUUCGGUCUUUGGCAUCGUUGUCACUUGUGGUUUUAAGAUGAUUGAAUGUAGCUGAGCAGCAAUUUCUCCUUUUUGAAAGUACAGUAUAUGUCCGUUUUUCAAAAUACUGGAGUCCUACCAGUACUGUCAACUUUUUCUUGUAUUUAAAUUUUACCAAAUGGUUAGAAUCUGUUUGACAGGUUCAGUGAGCUCACAGUGUGUCCCCUAUGAAAACUGUACAUAAGUUGUUUAUUUUUUAUACCCUGUGUUGACAGCGAACACUGACGUAUAGUAAGUCUAUAUGUGAAUGUCAGCCAUGUGACUUGUGUACAGUUUAAGAAUUAAGAAAACGAGCAAGCAAUAAUUCCUUCAGCCGCAGUUUAUCGAAGCUAUCAGUUUGUAUUUCUUGAUGAAAUGCAAAUAUGAAUGUUGUAUUCCCUUAGAAGAGGGAUGUAAACUAAGGAUUUGUUGCCUUUUCCCCUCUGCAGUUAAUAAAACUGGAAUUGGCUCUGUAGAUAGUGUAGGUGGGAAGGUAUCCAUCACACUGAAAGCCGUGGAUAUUGACAUACGAGCAACAUUAACUUUAGGGAAACAGCCAGAUCAUAACAUGAGCAGGAUGGAAAAUAAAAGAAGCGGCCGGACAAAACUUCAUCCCUCAACAUUUUCCUGAUCUCCAUUUAAGGCAAUGGUCAGUAACCUAACCAGCUACAGACAAUCUUGGAACAGUUUAUUACUUGGGUUUUUAUUUUUAUAUUUGCUGUUUAUUAUGGAAUACCACAGGAAGUCCCGCAGAGCUGAUUGUACAUAAAGACAUGGUUUGUACCUCGUUUAAUGUGUUUCUUCUCUUGACUUUUAUGAUGUUGUACAUGAGUGUUAGUAUGGUGUUUGGCAUUAAACUAUCCUUUAAAUAGACAAGCUCAGUUGACCACUUCUUUUUUCAUUUGUAUGCAACUUGUUAUUUUAAAAAUCUGCAAAUAUCUGCAAUAUUUAGUGCUCUGCUUUUUUUUGUCCACCAUUUCUUUGUCAUUUUUUUCAAGAUCGAAAGCAUAAAUUGAACUAUAUAUAACAG